UUCUCCUGGCGCAUGCGCGUGGCAUUUGGUAUGUCUGAUAUGUACCAAUAUGGCGGCCGUGUAGCCUUGCUAUCCAACACCCUGCAACUUCACAUCAUGUUCACGGCGUCGAGAAUCACAUUUUCCGGAGGAUUUUGUUGGAAUAAUACGCACAAACAACCGGUGGAUGUACUAGGAGCGCCGUCCGAAGCAUUCAUGUGGUAUUUUGACCCUUUCUUAGCGGCUAGAGAUCGCGGGGAUUUCGCGUAAAUAGAUAUGUUGUGUGGAUCCAGUCUGUGUGUUGUACAUCAUAGUGCGCGCAGAUUCAACUACAUGGGAUCCCUACGCACUGGAGUUUUGGAUAUAAGAGAGGCGCCAUUUUUUGUUGCUACCACGCAAUCUGAGACUGUGUCUUGGAGAGGCAUAGCCGGUAGCCGUCUAGCUGAUCCUCCUGUUGUUUCCUUGCCCCUUUUUCUUCGACACCAGAGCUUGCCACUGGUUCCCGUCAACCAGCAAGAGCGGUGAAGCAGACACAGCCAAGUAAGAAGCAUUGUUACGUCAUACCGCCUACAUGUCUGAAAUAUGACUUUGAGGUUUAAUGAUGGGGGUUUUACGAUCGUGGAGAAGCUGUUCAAAGCACUGCGAGAGAUUUUACAGCACUGGCGAAUUUCCCUUGCCUCCCUGCUUUUUUAUAUACUCUUGUCGUUACUCACAAACGUUAGCAGGGAGAACUUCCUGGUGCUAGCGACCAACAUCACAACCAAUACAAAACAGUACCACAGACCUCCAAGUUCACCGGUCACUACGUUAUGCUCGCUGACGGGACCACACUGUCCGGAGGAAACGCAGUCGUGUUACACGCUGAGGAACAGGACCGACGCGGAGAAAAUUUGUAACCUUUCCGUAGAGUGUCGGACGAAAAGCGACCUGGAAUUUAGUCUUGAUACUUGCGCGUGGAGGACUCGCAUGAAUUUAGUACACGUUGGGAAUAACAAUUCGGAUUGCCUAUCCAUGGACAGAGAAGGAUGCUUAUCCUGUUUGCAGGAUCUUCUAGUAAAGGAUCAAGGAGUCCAAGAAGAUUAUGAAAAUUACUCUUCCAUUUUACGUCGGUACGAUUGUGAAAGGAACUACUCAAUGUAUGGCUGCGAUGAUUGUAAGGUAUGUUCUGAACGACCGGACACUUACGGAGUCAUGGUUUGUAUUCCCAUAUAAACAUGCAGCCUGGAGUCCAGUAAUGUUCAUGUGGCGAAUUGGAUUCCAAGAAAUGAAGACUUGUCAGAACACAAAGUUUUGAAAAGUACCAUUGGACGUUAAGAAAUGGAUCGGACACGACACUAAAGAUCUAAAGCAAGACAAUAAUACCUUUUUGGUGUCCAGAAAAGAAGUCCGGAAUUCCAGUAUCUUACCAAUAUUUACCAGCACUCCAGGUUGCAUGUCCAGCAUUGUCGGAUUGUUGUGUUUUUAUGUUUGUUUGUUUGUCUAGUUGUUUGUUUAGUUGUUUACAGUUGCAGGUGUUCCGGUGUGUGGACUGAUAUCGCAGCAAAAGCUGGCUACAAGAACAACUCAGAAAAUUUGUUUCUUUCAUUUCCCCAUGUGUGCAACAAAAUCUCUUGCCUGCUCGAAUAAAUAAAGUUUGUAAUGCGACAAUUUUUUUUUCAGUUCAAAGUGCAUUAUUUUCUUCAUGUAAAAGAAGUUUAGGAACAUGAAUCACAAUGAUGUGUCAUUAAACAAUGACAUCUUAAUGUCAUUGUUUAACAUUAAUAGCACCUGUUGUGGUGUUCAAAACAUUUAGCUUUAAAUGUUUUGAAAAGUCAACUCUGGAAUUUGGAAAGGGCAUUUAUAAAUCCCAUGAACCCUAACC